UUAUAAGGGUCGAAGUGCAUUUUGUCCUAAACACUAAUCGAAGGAGAUCCAAAGUAAGAAUCAAAGCUCCAUUGCUCUUAGAUUCUUCAACAAUGUCUCUUUCUCUGUGCUUCGCCCCAUCAACCCGCCACCCCAAACAAACCCGACCCAUUUUCCAACUCCACAAACCCUCAAACCCCAUUAAAAUCUCCGCCACACCACGGAUCAAUAAUCAUCACGCAAGAUUCAAAAUUUGUUGCGUGAAUCCCAAAUUCGAAGAUUCGGAUGCAGUGGGGCCCGCCGAUUCCGAUAGGCCGAGAUGGGAGAAUUGGUUGGCCGGUGCGGCGAGUUUGUACCCUGUUUAUGUGACCGUUGGAGGGGUGGUUUCUUUCUUGAGACCCGCCACUUUUUCUUGGUUCUACAAUUCGGGUCGGGUUUCGUAUAGCUUCGGACUCGGGUUUAUAAUGCUGGCUAUGGGGAUUACUUUGGAGCUCCGAGAGUUGAUCGCUCUGUUCAAGCAGAGGCCUCUUUCUAUAUUUUACGGGUGUGCUGCUCAAUACACCAUUAUGCCUUGUUUGGGGGUAAUAAUUAGCAAAUUAUUGGGGCUGUCACCUUCGCUUACAGUAGGUUUGAUACUGCUCUCGUGUUGUCCAGGUGGCACGGCAUCCAACGUGGUAACUUUAAUUGCUCAAGGAGAUGUUCCUUUGUCGAUUGUAAUGACUGUAUGCACUACGCUUGGAGCAGUUAUUCUUACCCCUCUUUUGAGUAAGAUUCUGGUCGGAACGUAUGUUCCCGUAAACGCUCUAAGCCUAUCCGUGAGCACCUUGCAGGUGGUAGUUGCUCCGAUUCUGCUCGGUUCUUAUCUGCAGAGCAGAUUUCCUAAAGCGGUAAAACUAGUGACUCCUUUCGCACCACUCGCAGCUGUUUUAUCUGCCUCGUUGCUUGCUUGCAGCAUAUUCUCGGAAAACGUGAUUCGUCUGAAGUCUUCCGCACUUAGUGCAUCAUUAUCAUCCGAUCUAUCUCCGAUUCUUCGUGCUCAAGCAAUACUCAAAAGUGAACUCGGCGGUGUUGUACUUUCUGUCUUUUUGCUACAUUUCGCAGGUUUCUUUGUCGGGUAUUUAUCCGCAGCUUUCGGUGGAUUUAAGGAGCCACAGCGGCGUGCAAUAUCAAUCGAAGUGGGCAUGCAAAAUUCAUCUUUAGGAGUGGUUUUAGCUACAUCGCAUUUCACCUCGCCGUUGGUUGCGCUACCUUCUGCCAUGUCAGCAGUAGUUAUGAAUAUAAUGGGCAGCAGUUUAGGUUUCUUUUGGAGGUACGUUAACCCUUCUGAAUCGAAGGAUUGUCCUAAAGUUGCGCAAGAGUGACGACAACGACGACAGUGUGUAAUAAUACAUUACUACAGCAACCGAACAAAGAACUGUUGUGAAAGAAACGAAAAAUGACACCAAGUGUUAGAUUAGGCGAUGAGAGGGUUGAACUUAUUUGAGAACAAUGUGGAUUAUAAUCAUUUUUCUUCGGGUUUUUUUUUCGAGAUUCUGGCAUGGCUCGAAGAAACGGUUUCGAAACAUAGUCGUUUCUUUCGAUGUGGGAUUGCUUUCAUUUCUUUGUUUUUUUCUUCUUGAAACAUAUGCUUUUGGUAUUAUAAUUUAAAGUAAUUUAUAUAAAGCAUCUUAUAAAUUCUUA